GUAAUGUUGUAGCUGCCUGACUUACUGUAUAUAACACCCAACACUACAACUGCACAACUGUAGAUUCCCUCUGUGUUAAAUGCUAAAAGUCUGACAUAAAUGUUGUGUUCUGUUGAACAGGUACAGUUGUUCAGGGAGACUGCACAGCAUAUUCAGGAACUUGGUGCCGUCCUUGUGAGAUGGGGACCUUUAUGAACCAACCCAACAGCCUGUAUAACUGUUUCCCCUGCACUGCCUGUGACACAGGUCAUGGUCUCUUUGUCAAGCAGAACUGUACAGCAACAACUGACACAGUGUGUGACAUUUUAAAUGGAUAUUACUGCAAAGGUUUGACAGACAGUAACAGAUGUAGUUUGACAGAGAAACAUUCACAGUGUGCAGCUGGUCAGAGGAUAAAAGAACCUGGGACCAGCAGAAGUGACACAGUGUGUGAAGACUGUCAGCCAGGCUUCUUUUCCAAGGACGGUGUGAGCUGCACGGCCUGGAAAGUUUGCUCAAACACACAGAUAAAGGUCAGAGGAAGCUCAACCAGUGACGUUGUCUGUGGGAGAACAUCAAGUCAACAUUACUUU